AUGAACAGUGUAUCAGUAUCACAAUAAUAAACUACAUCUACAGAUACAUAUUAAUCAAUUAUCCUUCCAGUCAUAACAGGUUUAAGUACAAAAGUCUUAUCAAAAAAGGGAGGUAUGUUAAAUAUAUAUGGUCUUGGAUUUGGAUAUGGUACAUGUUAAGUCAGAGUCUAUGUUGGAGGACAACUCUAAUUAAAAAAUACUGUGGUAGUUGGAAAUGAUGGAUCAACUAUUACUGUUAAAUUUUUCAAUAUCACUCUUCAAGGAAGAGAAGCCUAUGUAGAUGGAAGUGGUCUUAGAUAUAGAAGAUGGUGGGGAAAUACUGUUUAUUAAAAUGAUUUUAUUGGAGAACCAGAUGUUCAAAAUGUUUAUGGAACUUAUUAUAACUAAUAAUUCAAAGGAUUUUUCAAAGCUCCAAAAACAGGAUAAUAUAGAUUCUAUGUAGCAUCUGAUGAUAGAGCAACUGUUGAAUUGAAUAGAAAUCCCUCCUCAAUAGAUAAUACCAAAUUAGAAUUGAUUGCUGAAAACAAUCUAUCAGGAUAUAGAAACUACUGGUAAAGCGAAUUUUCUAGCACUCCAGUUAAUUCUAUAUCAGAUUAUAUUGAUCUUGAAGAAGGCCAAUAUUAUUAACUCUAAAUCAAUCACACUAAUGGUGCUGGUCCUGGAUAUGUAACUGUUUCAGUAGAAAUAGAAGAUGAUACAUUCACUGAAUAUUCAGUAGGAGCACUUUAUAGUAUAUCAACUACAUAUACUCCAAUAAAAGAGGAAGUGGAAUACAAAUUGUUCAACUCUGUCGAAGAUUCUAGAUUAACAGGACAAUAUUAAUUAACCUUUGCAAGUUCAACUGCAAGUCCAGCUUUCUCUUAUACUACUGGAUGGAUAUCAACUGUUGCAACUGCUGAUCAAGUUGCAUCGGCUAUUAAUGCUCUUGGAGUCUAUGUUGUAACAGCCACUAGUACAAAAGUUGAUUCUGCUGGUGAAGAUGUAGCUGACUAAACAACUACUACAUUUGCAGGAUUUAGAUAUGUGAUUACAUUCUAAAGAUACAGAAAAGUUUAAGUUAGACCCACAUUUGUAUUUAAUAUCACAACUAAUGCUAAUAGUGCUAUUGGUAGGUCAUCAGCUGUUUUAAUAACUCCAUCAACUCCAAUUGAAGGUACUUUCCAAUUAAGCUUUGUUGAUUAAGAGGGUGUUGAAUAAUAUUUGAAAUCUGGUAUAUCUGUUGAUUUGCCGUUUGAUUUAAGUGCAUCUGUCCUAGCUGAUACUAUUUAAGCUACUACUGGAUAUAGACCAAUUGUUUGGACUGAAGGAACACCAUAAGAUGGAUUCACUUGGAAAGUCUAAAUUAAAGGAAUUUAAGAAUUAUAAAACUUCAGAGUUGUCAAUAAUAAUUUGUUAUCUGGAAAUGGAGAGGUCAAACUUACAAUUGCCACAUUAUCAGAAGCUAGUUCCAAUAUUCUUUAUGAGCCUAUUCCCAACGAAUUAUUAUUUACUUAUUCAAAAACACCAACUGUUUCAAUCACUUUAGAUGGUUUAUUGAGUGCUUGUGCAUAAGAAGGUGCAUGCAAUUUAGAUGCUCCUCUAGAUUUGAAAUUAACCAUGACUGAAUUCACAUAUGAUGAAGCUACUACUCUUACAGUUCAUAUUUCUACAAUAGGUAGCAUAACUUUGGGAAAUAGUUUAGAUGAAACUUUAUCCACAAUUACUUUUGGAGAUUAUGAUUGUUAUGACAUAAUUAUGGAAUUAACAGAGGAUAAUGAAUAUGAUUUCACUUGCACAGUUGAUGGAACAGAAUUUGAAUAUGGAUAGUAUUAUCCCGUUUUCCACUAUGAAGAGUAUGGAAAUGCAGACGUUGAUCCAACAGUUCUUCCAUAUUAAGCCCCAUUAAUAAUAACUCAUAUUAAUCCAACUAGUGGAUCCGAAGAUGGUGGCACAGUAGUUACCUUAUUCGGUAAAGGGUUCCCAAAAGAGCUUACAACAGAUUUGACAGUCUCUCUUGGAGGAGUUUAAGCUGUGAUCAAAUCAACUUCAACCAGCUAAGUCGUCAUCAAGACACCAACAUAUGAUUAAUCAAUGCCUGAUUCGGUCAUCAUUAUGCAUUUCAAGGAUGGACAAGCUCAAAAUUCUGAUUUCACUUAUGAUCAUACAACUCACAUAUCAAUAACUAGAGUUUAAGAAACAAUAUUAACUCCAAUUUACAAAGGAUUCAACACCAUUAUUGGUACUGGAUUUGGAACAAUUACUAAUGACAUAACAGUAGAAUUAGUUAAUGCAGAUAAAAUAUAUUAAUGCCCAGUCGUUAGUGUAAAAGAUGAUGAAAUUAUUGUUUAUUUGAGAGGAGGUUUACCAGGAGAAUAUCGAUUUAUAGUGAAUAGAGCUGGAGUAGGUGAAGCAACUGCAGCAGGAGAUGCUAAUAAGUUCUAAUACAAUACAGUAAUAACUAGCAUUGAAAAUGCAACUGGAAGUGAAGCAGGAGGAACAAGAAUCAAGAUUAAUGGAUUUAAUUUUGUACCUUAAGAAACUAUUGUGUUCAUUGGUGAUGAAAUCAAUUGGAUAUGUGAUUUAGAUGAAGCAGCCUCCAGUGAUACAGCAUUAUAUUGUGUUACUCCACCCAAACAUUUUAGAUACACUACUCCUUAAUAAGUUAUUGUGACAACCAGAAUUUUGUUUGAAUCAAUUUGUCAAGGAAAUUGUGAAUUCACUUAUGAUUCUACAUAAACCUUAGAUUGUGUAGCACCAUCUGACUCAACUGCAAGUGCUGGAUCAAGACUUUUAUCUGAAGAACAACUUGCAUUACCAGAUUAUUAGAAAUAUAUAACAUAAAAGAGAUAACAUCCAGAACCAAAGAGAAUCAAACCAUCAUUUGGAAUCAGUCAUGAAUAACAUUAUGAUUCUAGUCCAAGAAGAGAUUUAUCAUUUUGGAAUGAAUUCAUCUUUGAUAAAAUUAAAAAUUACACAGUUGAUUAAGUUGAAAACGUUUAAUGCACCACAACAAGUUCAUAAACUGUAACCAUUGUUUUCAGCGAUAAAUAUUCUGUAACAGGAACUAUUUCAGAAACUGGAUAAUUGACUUAUUCUGUUCCUGAUUUACCUUAAGGAGAAUAUAAGACCAGAAUUCUCACUUCAACUGGAUUCGCAACAGGAAUGUGGAUCACUAAUGUUGAAUUGUAAAUUACAUCAAUUUCAACAACCACUGUAGUUUAAGGUGGAUAAGAUAUUGAAAUAGAAGGUAGUGGAUUUGGUGAUGAUAAUGAUAUUGAAGUCUAAAUUGGUACAGUAAAGUGUUUAAGAUUGAAAAAACAUGGCAAUAGAAAAUUGAAAUGCAGAACUCCUAGAAUUACUACUAAUGCUGGAUAUGCUGUUAAAGUACUCUACCGUGAUGUUAGAAAGAAUUUGUAAACAAAAUCCUCAUGUUAAUUCUCAACAAAUCUUACAGUUACUAAUGCUGGGUAACCAACAGUGACACUAAUUAACAAUAAUGCUGGAAUUGUUUAUGUUUCUGGAAAAUCAGCAUAUACAUAUAAUACUUCUACUGAGACUUUGAACUUCAAUAUUGUUGGUACUAAUUUAGGUGCUACAACAUUGAAUGUUCGUUUAGAAAAAAAUGGUCAUGAUGAUGUUGUAGGAACUAUUGUGUCCAGCAAUGCUACAUUAAUUCAAGUUUCUUUCAGUAAUAUACCUUUGGGAUAAUUUGAUGUCGUUGUUUAAUGUGAUGAUAAAGUUGCCUUAUGGUCAACUUGGUAAUAUUAGAAGAUCAUUUUCUAAAAUCCUGUUUUGAGUGGAUCAUUACCUAAAGCAUCUUGGAAAGGAGGUAAACAUUUAGAAAUUCAUGGCCAUGGUUUCCAUGAGAGUCAUAAUGUAAAAGUUUGUGGAAAAAAAUGUGAUCUUUUGAAUGUCAAUUAUCAUAGUAUAUUAUGUAGAGUUCCAGAUUUUAAUCCUGCUUGGGCUAAAAAAAUUGAAAAGGGAUUGAAAUCUGAAAAUUAUAAACUUGAUCAUGAUGAAUUCCUAGUUACUUCAGAUGUUGUAGAUAAAGAUGUUGUCAAAAGAUUCUUUGAUGAAUCUGAAACUACCUAUCAUAUUUCUAAUUCAGCUACAAAUUGUUGGGUAUAAAUUGAUUUUGGCAAAAACAGAAAAAUGAAAUUAGAACACUUUAGUUUCUUACCUCGAAUUGAUGUAGGUGCUUCAUAUUUGAAAGGUGCUAAGUUCUAAUAUUCUACUGAUGGUAUAACAUUCAAAGAUUGGUUCACAAUUGAUGAUGAUGUUCAUAAAGGAUGGAAUGUUUAAAGACCAACAAAAUGUGAAGGCUAAAAGGAGAAAAAUUCUCAUGGAGGUAGAGAUAAAGAUGAUGAACCUGAACAUCACAAUAUUAAUGUUGAUUUGGAUGGCAUCAGAGCUAUUAAGUUCAUAGAUCCCAGAGGAACCAGUGGAUCAAGAUGUUAAAUUGCAGAUAUUGAUUUUAGAGGAUGGCUUGAAAAUGAUUCAGAUAAUGAUUAAAAUACUUCUUGUGAUACUGAAAUAUUUGUAGAUGACAAUUCUAUGGGUGUUAUAAAUUCAAGUGUGAAAUAUGAUGCAACUUCAACUCCUAUCAUUAGCAAUGUCUUACCAAAAGACAUUCCUCCACAUACUUAAACAGUUGUUACUGUUACAGGUACAGGAUUCAUUUCAGGAUCAACCUCAGUCUUCAUUGAUGAUAUCGAAUGUUAAGUUUAAUCUGUUACUGCAACGGAAAUUAAAUGUUUGAGUGGAUUAAAAGAUGUUACAACUGCUAGUAUUACUAAUAAGUUUAAAGUUAUUGUUGAUGGAGAUGAAGCAGUUAAUAAUGCUUAAGUAAUUUAUGGAUAAAGAUGGUCAGAUAUCAGAACUUGGGGAGGAUAUGUAUUCCCAUCUGAUGGAGAUUCCGUUAUGGUUUACUAGGGUGCAACUUUGAUAGUUGAUGUAAAUACUCCAAAAUUGGUGUAAGUUUUGGUUGAAGGUAAUUUAGUAUUUGCUGAUGAUGCUGAUACUUCAUUAGAUGCAUAAUAUCUUGUUAUUAAUAGAGGAACAUUAUAAAUUGGUUCUUAAGAAGUUCCACAUCAACAUAAUGUUAAAAUUACAAUUAGAGGAGAAGAAAGAGGAAUUUAAUAUCCAAAUAUGGGUAACAAAAUGAUUGGCUGCAAUCAAUGCAAAAUUGAUAUUCAUGGUAAAGCUAGAACACCUUCAUGGACUUUAUUAUCCUAAACUACUACAAAUGAUGGAACAAUUACUGUAGAUGAACCAGUAAAUUGGUUAGUUGGAGAUGAAAUCAUAAUUACAUCAAGUAACUAAGCCUAAACUCAAGCUGAAGUUAGAAAAAUUAUUGCAAUUACUAGUGAUAAACGAACUUUGACUCUAAAUGAAACCCUGACACAUACACAUGAAACUGUCUCAGAAUACUUUGAUGGGGUUGAAUUUACUAGAAAAGUGGAAGUAGGAUGUUUGACCAGAAGUAUUAGAAUACAAGGUGAUUAUGUCAAUUAUCAUGGAGUUCAUAUUUACAUUUAAGGAACUUAAAAUGAUGGUACUGAAGUUAGAAUAGAAAACGUAGAAAUUGUAAAUGGAGGUCAAUAAAGAUAUUUAAAUAGAUUCCCAAUCAAUUUCAAUAACAACGGAGUCGUUUCAAAUUCAUAUAUUAGAAGCAAUUCCAUCCAUGAUUCCAAUGCUCGUUGUAUAGGAUUACAAAGUGUUUCUCAUUUAGAUGUUUCGGAUAACAUUUGUUACAACAUUGUUGGUCAUGCUAUCUAUAUUUAGAAUGGUAAUGAAAUGUAUAAUACUUUCGAACACAAUCUUGUGGCUGUUGUAAAAUCAUCUUGGUAAUUAUAUCAAUCAGAUGCAACAGCAGCAGCUUUCUGGAUUACUAAUCCUAAAAAUACAUUCUUUAACAAUAGAGUUGGAGGUGCAGAAUGGUAUGGAUUCUAUUUAGCAUUUAAAUCAAAUCCUACAGGUGUUGCAUCUGCAGCUGAUGUUUGUCCAACAGGUGUCCCAUUAUUGAACUUUACUAAUAAUGCUGCUCAUUCAACUGGAAGAAUAGGACUCAGAAUAGGAACCUUAAUUCCAAAGGUUUCUCCAUGUGUAUCUCAUAGAAAUGAUGCCUUGGAUGAUCCAUUCAGUGCUAAUCCUAGUGUUUAAACUAAAUUAUCAGGAUUUGUAACAUGGGCAAAUGCUUAAAUCGGUGUGUUAGCAGAUAAUUUAGGAAAUGUUGUCAUAGAAAAUGUAUUGAUAGCAAGUUCAAAGAUUGCUGGUUAUUAAUAACACAAAUCUAAUUUUUCAGCCGAAGGAACAACAAUUAAAAACUUUGUUAUUGUUGGUUCAUAAAUCAAUACUGGUUUGAUAGUACCCAGAACUAAUGGAUUUUUAGCAGAUACAGUUAGAUUCGCUAACUUCCCAUCAACAUCAACUUUAAUUGAAUCAUGUUCAGCUUGUAGUAGUUAUUUAGUUUGGGUAACUGGAGGAAAGAAUACACAUUUCAAAGGAAUUAAGAUUCUAAAUUCCGAUAGUGCAAGAACAAUUCGUUGGAACAAUUUCAGAAGAGAAAUCUUCUGGGAUUUAGAUGGUACAUUAACUAACAUACCAACAGGUGCUUAAAUUGUUGCAUAUAAAUUGCAUUUAGAUGGCUUAAACGGAUGCACACAUUAAAAUAAUACAUAAUGGGAUAAUUCAUUGAUUUGUGAUUCAUCAUAGACAAAGUUAAGAGAUGUCAUAUUCAAUUAUCCAACUCCUUAUGAUUCUCACGUCAAUUAAGCUUUGAGAAUAUAUAGAGUUCCAACUUUGAAUGCCCCAUAACCAUUUGAAUUAAGUAAAUACUAAUAUGAACAAUGGGUUGGAAUUUGGAGUGGUGAUAUAGCCUACAGUUAUGCAUCUCAAUUUGCUUUAGGAUACACCUACAAUGUUAAUUGGUACAAUAAUUGGCUCAGUUUAUCAAUUAUGGCAUCAUAGUAUAUGAGUUCUUAAGAUUCAGGAAUUGUAUUCAGAUUCAACUAUACUGUUCAAAGAGAAACCUUUGAUGUUUACAGAAACAGAAACCAUAAAUUCCUUUCAAAUUUCAGCUAAGUUUCUGAGAUUCCAAAUCCACAUACUUGCAACAAUGGGGACUGGUACAAUGAUAGAUCUACAUCAUUCUUUUAUGUUUGUAUUUCAGGCAAAUAAAGAGUGUAAUAAGAAUCAGUAGCUCUUUAUGGUAUAUUCUGCAGAGAUACUUGCCCUGCUUACACUGAUGAUGUACUUGUUAAGGUGUAAAAGAAAUGGUCAGAUGUUUCAAUUUGGCCUAAUGGUAGACUACCAAUUGCAGGAGAGAAUGUGACAAUAUCAUACGAAUACAUCAUUAUAAUUGAUAUAGAAUUACCAGAAUUUGAUACAAUUUUAAUUUUAGGAGAAUUAUGGUUUGAUAAUGGUAGAGCUGUUACUACCCUAAGAGCUAGAAAGAUCUUUGUUAGAAAUGGUAAAUUAGUGGCAGGAAGUGCAACCUAAGUUUUCACUGGUAUAAUCAAUAUCAUCCUUACAGGCACUAAAAGUGAUUACGAACUUUUAAUUGAUAAUAACAUUGAAGCAGGAAAUAAUGUCUUAGCUGUGACUGGAGGAUUAGAAUUAUAUGGUAAAGUACCUUCAAGUAAGGUUGCUAGAUUAACAGAAACUGCACAAGCUGGAUCUAGUUCAAUUUCAGUUACAGAUACAACAGAUUGGUAGGUUGGGGAUUGGAUAGUUAUUUCACCAACAGGCGCUAAUCCAGAUGAAGCAGAAAAAGUUCAAAUUACUUAAAUUGUUGGAACUACUGUUACCUUUAGUGUUUCUCUAAAAUACACUCAUAGUGGAGUAUCUGCCAGCACUCUUGUUGAUACCAGAGCUACUGUUUUACAUUUGACUAGAAAUAUCAGAAUUUCUGGAGAUACUUGGGGAGCUAGAGUUUUAGUCUAUUCUUUUACUGAAAAAACUAGACUAAGAAGAGGAUAUGUCUAAUUAUAGGGUGUAGAAUUCAUUAAUUGUGGAUAAGUGAAUAAAGAAUUUGCAGGUUUAGAUUUCUAAUAUGCUAUUGGUGGUGAUCCUGCUCCUUCAAGUGAUAUUGUUGGAUGCUCAUUCCAUGAUAGUGAUGGUUAUUUAUUCAAAGUAGAGGAAUCAGAAUACGUUAAUGCAAUUCAAAAUGUAUUUUAUAAUGGAUAGAAAGCAUUGGUUUAGUUUAUUAAUUCUAAAUAUAUCAAAUUCUCGUCUAAUACUUUAGUUUUAGUAUAAAAGAGAGUUAUUUCAAUCAAUUCAGCUAUCACAGGUACCUAUAACUGGGCUGUCUUAGCAUCAUUUAGAUAUGCUUCUGGCACCAAAAUUACUAAAAAUUUCAUCCUUGUUUCUAAUAAUAUUGGUAUCGGUUCAACUGAUACAGGAUUCCAUAUUAUGGCUUCCCAUUGUGAUGAUGAAUCUUAGGCAGGAUUCUUUGAUAAUAAAUGUUUCAACACUGUCUAAGCAUGCUUCCAUUUAACUUAAUCUAAUUCAAAAUGCAAUGUAGUGAAGUAACUCUAAGCUUACAAUUCUGGAGUCGGUGUAAUGGCAUCCAUUUAUACAGAAACCUUUAAAUUAAAAGACUUUUAGAUUAUUGAAGCUGAUAGAGGUGUAGUAAUUAAACCAGGCUCUUCAAACAAUUAUGCUAAUGUCAUUUAAGUUUCAAAUGGUUAUGUUGGAGCAGUCAUCGAAGGAUUGAGAUGCACUAAUACUGUAGCUUUCUAAUUGGUCUCAGUUUCAUCAAAUGCCUAUCCAGCCAUCGCUAGAUCUUCAAUUAAUGCAGACAUAAUCAAUUCAAUUCAAAGAUAGGAUACUAGAGUAUAUGUUGACAAUGUCUAAUUUGCAGGAUAUAAAUUGACUUAUGAUCAAUUCCCUUAGUGCAGUAAUAACGCUGUCUUCAGAUAAAAUAUUUAUGCAUUAGAUGUUGUUGGAUAACAUUAUUUGACUAAUACAGUUUGUGAAAAUUGUGAAUUUAAUGCCUUACUUUUUAGUUUGAGAAAUCCAAAUUAUGCUAAAAUUGGAUGGUAUGGAGGUUGUGGAUAAAUGGAAUGCAUUGGUUAAGUUAACUUUUUAGUUGAAGAUUAAACUGGAAACUUCUUUGGUGAGAAAGGUUAGGCUAUUGGUAAUAAUUCAUAUUUUGGUCCAAGUGCAAACUAUUGUAAUAGAUAAGAAUUGUGGAAUGGAUAUUGGUGUCCCUUAUUUAAUAUUGGAGUUUUGAAUUUCUUAAGCACAGCACCAGAUCAAAAUCUUAGAUUAUUUUCACCAACCACACUAAUCGGAUCUGGAUUCAAAAAUAUACUUAAUGCUUUUGCAGAAUGGAAUUGGGAUGGACCUGAACCUUAAAACUCAAGAGAAUCUAAAUUCGUUGGAUUGGUUUAAAUUAACACUACAAUUAAUAUGACUAAUAAAGGAGAGAAUCCAACAAAUUCAGAUUAUUGGCUUAGUAAGAGAACUGUAGAAGGACCAAAUAAUGAAUGGGUGAUCAUUGAAUUGCAAUUUGAUGUUCCAAAUAUUGUCCAAGUUAGUGCCGAUGGAAAAAUUGUUCAACCUGGACUAACAAGAGUAAUUUUAUUAUACUAUUUUAUAGAUUAAUUAACAUAUGAAUUUAUUAGAAUACACCAAUGUUUGUGGUUCAAAUAAUUAUUUCUACGAAAAUCGAACCAUUCAUUUUGUUGUUACUGCAGGCUGCAAAGUAUCCCUUUCACUCAAAAACACUUUAAUGAUUUCCACUAGAUUGGAAAUUACUACUGAAGAAUUUUUUGGAGACAAAUUCCUGUAAUAUGCAUUUGCUCUUCUUGGAGGUGAUCCAUACAAUUAUUUCAUUGUUGGAACUUAUAAAUCUAAGAACAGAAGAUUUUUAUCCAGUGUUAUCGAAAUUCAAUGGGCUAUAAUUGACAAUGCUGUUAUUGGCACACCUGAAGCUCAAAAUUCUCAAUCUAAUCUUGAACAGAUAGCUGCCAAUCUUUAAUCUUUCAACCCUACUGAAUUAGGAACAGUUAUAAGCAAUACUGCAGAAAUAUAAACUAUUACAUCUCUAAACUUCACAUCAACUGAAUAACCAGAUCCUUCAGGUAACAAUUCUGGUUCUUCCUAAGGUUCUGAUGAUCCAUAUUAUGGAAAUGAACCAGUCAAUUAAGGAGAUGAGGAAUAUGUUGAUCCUACUUUAAAUGAUGAUCUUUUAUAACAAAAUGAUUUUGUUGGCAAUUCAAAUGAUGAUACUAGUGAGGAAAAUGCAUUCAAAAACUAAACUACCAAAGGACUCAAAUAACCUUAAUAAAGCGACAAUGACAAUAUACUAUUGAUUUCAGUUGUUUGUGCAGUUGGAGGAAUUGUUUUGAUCUCAUUAGUCAUCUCCGGUGCCUUAUGGAACAGAAGAUAGAAUGUUCUAAAGACCAGAGUACAUUAAUAAAGUAGCCCUGAUGUUCUAUCAAAACCAGAAUAGAUGGAUGACGACAUUGUCCAAUACAAUAUCUGA